AUGUCUACAUCCAACCGCUACCCACUGCAAACGAUCUCAGAAGAAAUCACACCCACAGACCACCAUAUCCUAUGUGGUGGGGGCACGUCCUCCUGCAUCGAAAGGCUGCCUUCUCGCAUACAACAGUAUAAGCAAACGGCCCCCAACUCUAGACAACAAAUCGAGGACCUGACGUACGAAAUAAGCUAUCUGAGAGCCGAGCUUCAGUGGCAAAGAGAGUCGAGAGAAAUAUUUCUUCGUUUCCAAAGGAAAAUGUUUGACAUAUUUGGCAUGAUGGAGGAGGAGCUUGCCCAAAGCACCGCACGGCUCGAUGAAGCCCGUUCAAACUAUCUGGGUGUCUGGAAUCUUGGCCCAGGGGUGGAAGAUGAAGUGAACGUAAUAUAG